AUGGGUGGUGGUGGUGGUGGUGGUGUUGGUGUGCUCUGUGACUGGGCACUUCCCUGGUCACGAUUGUUGGCGGUGAUCGACUCCGCGGACGCCUACCUGGUGGUGUACGCGAUCGACGAUCGAGAGUCCUUCAAAGGCGCCCAAACCAUCAUCUCGGAAAUAUUGGGACGCUGCAAAAUCGCCAGUGCCAUCGUACUGGUGGGCAACAAGACCGACUUGGUUCGAGCUCGCAGCGUCUCCUACGACGGUGAGUGGCUCUCCUCAUUGCUCACUGGUCACCACGCACAUGUAGUUCUUCGCCCCUCCAUCCCGUCAUCCACCUCCACGUUCAUCACCACAUCCACGCAUCCCCUCUUCACCCACCUCCCCUUCGCCGCAAGUACUGCCCUCCACUGCAUCGCAUUGGUUGUUCACAGCACAGGUCAUCGCCAUCGCGUGGAACUGAUGCACGACAUGAAGCCACCAACUCCUAACGACGGUUGCCAGUGUGCACCAAGAGAAUGUUUUAGGCUAGAACAUCUGAGGAGGGUGGAUGAGAAGUGGAAGGUAUGUGGCAUGAAUAAGGCGAUUCACCAGCCACACCGCAACCGCGCCACAGCCAUCUAUGUGGCCGUGCAUCUUCACCAAAGUGAUUUCCCCUCCCUCACUGCACUUCUCCUCCUCCUCCUCCGACCUCUCUGCCUUCUCCUCUCCCAUCCACCUUCCACACAUCCUGCAACAACAUCUCGUAGUUGCACAACUCCACCGCAACUGCACCUCCUUCAAUGUCGCUACGCCUCUACCAUCGCACAGGACCUUUCUCUCACCCUCACUCUGCACACCCUCCUUCAACCUCACUCAAGGCGGUAG